UUAAAUUUCCAAAAUUAAUAUUCCCCGAUAAUCCACUUCCGAUCUAGAUCUUCUUCCUCUUCCUCUUCCGCCCAUUUUGAGCAUUCGAUACGGCGGACGGCCAUGGCGGUCCAUCUCCGUCUCCUUCCUCAUCUCAGACUCCGGCCACCUUUUCUCCUCCUGCUCUUUCCGAUCUGCCUCUGAUCCAAAUGAUAGACAGUUGCUUGCUUUCUGGGUCACAUGCUAUCCACUCGUCGAACUCAAUCGGCAGCCAACGCUGUCGGCGAUCGUCCUCUUCACCACUUCCAAGCGAUUCCCUACCUCAACGCCGGCCGGCAGCACUCCAGCGGCGGCGCCUCUGCUGCUGCUCCUCCUUACUCAUUCCUCGCCUCCCGUGCUAAGCCGCAGCAUCACAGCAAUCCUUAUCCAUGGAAGCGCCACGUCUUCCGCUUGCUCCUCUUCUUCCUCUUCGGCUUCCUCUUCGGUCUCUACCCCUUCGCGGAGCUCGACGACUUCCCGUUACUUUCUCCCACCACCGCCUCCUCAUCUUCUUCCAUAAGUACCGAUAACAACCUUCCGCGCCGCGAUCUCGUAGCCCUUCUUCCUUCUGGCCCUCAGGAAAUCGAGAUCCAUGGGUUCGACGACAAGACGCACACCAUGGAUGAGCUACCAGAUCUAUCGCGCAACGGAAAGCUGCUGAUCGUCGUUACUCCCACGUACAAUCGCGCUUCCCAGGGCUACUACCUGAACAGACUGGGGCAGACGCUGCGCUUGGUGCCUCCUCCGCUUCUUUGGAUCGUGGUGGAGAUGAACGUGGCUUCUGUGGAGACCUCCGAGAUUCUCAUGGACACCGGCGUCGUGUACAGGCAUCUUGUCUGCAAGAAGAACUCAACCAAUAUCAAGGACAGAGGCGUCCAUCAGCGGAAUACAGCGCUUGAGCAUAUCCAGCGGCAUCGCCUGGAUGGGAUUGUGUACUUCGCCGAUGACGAUAACGUCUACUCACUUGAGCUGUUUGAGCAACUGAGGAAAAUCAGGCGGUUUGGUGUUUGGCCUGUUGCAAUGCUUUCUCAAAGCAAAAAUAAGGCCAUACUAGAAGGCCCGGUAUGCAAUGGAAGUCAAGUUAUUGGAUGGCACACUAAUGAGAAAAGUAAGAGACUUAGGAGGUUUCAUGUUGAUAUGUCUGGAUUUGCAUUCAAUAGCACAAUAAUUUGGGACCCCAGGAAAUGGCACCGUCCAAACUCAGAUGCCAUUAGGCAACUAGACUCUGUGAAAGAGGGAUUUCAGGAAACUACGUUCAUAGAGCAGAUUGUAGAGGAUGAAAGUCAAAUGGAAGGGCUACCAAAGGGUUGCUCGAGGAUCAUGAAUUGGCACCUUCAUCUAGAUUCCAGAAAUCUUGUUUAUCCUAAAGGAUGGCAAGUACCAAACAACCUCGACACUAUUGUCCGUUUAAAGGUGCAGCUUUCUCAAGGAAAGCACUUGACUUAGAACUCUUCAAAUUCACGCCCGUUUAUCCGAAGCAACUUUCUUAGCAUGGCGACUGCUCAAGGAGGAUAUAUCAGCACCUCAGAUUCUUCCAUUUCACAGAUUCUUUCGAUAGCAAACCAACAAUUGCUCUGCUUUCUAUCUGGGUGAGUCAUAUCAGUACCCAAUAUAUGUACAGACUAGAAAGCUAUUAAUUUUUGUUUUCCCUUUAUUUUACCCUUUUCUUGUAAGCUGUCUCCAGCAUCAAUUUUGUGUUUCGAUAAGUUAUAGGAUACCCAUCAAAUUAGGCCUUCAGACAAUUGCAACCAUAGGACAUCUUUUAUUAUCGGUACCAGUUCGAAUAAGCUUAUCGUAUUUGAAAGAUUAAGACAGUUAGUAAUUUUCUUCUUUGCUUUGUUGAUCA